GCGAGCUGGGGGUUGGACCGCUCCGAGCGAAACACGGCAAAAGAGUUUUAAAUGUCCGCCAUGUUGUCCAUGGCGCACUGAGCCAACGGUAGGGAGCGGAGCGUCGGAAAAAAGCAGUCCGAGCGAGAGCGACCAAGAUCCGGGCCUUCCCACGGCUCCGCUGGCGACGCCCUAAAUACAAGCGAGCGCCACUCGAACGCUGGAGUAAAGACUAACCGCACAGAAACAUCCAUGAAAGCUCCACUCGGAACCGUUGUGAUUAUUAGGAGAUCGGAUAGAUUUAUUUUGCAUCUCGACUUGUGAAAAAUGAGUAAAUUGUCGUUUCGGGCACGGGCGCUGGACGCUUCCAAGCCACUACCCGUCUUCCGUUGUGAGGAUUUACCCGACCUACACGAAUAUGCAUCUAUUAACCGGGCAGUGCCGCAGAUGCCUACGGGGAUGGAAAAGGAGGAAGAAUCGGAGCACCAUCUCCAGCGAGCCAUCUCAGCACAGCAGGUCUACGGCGAGAAGCGGGACAACAUGGUCAUCCCAGUCCCCGAGGCGGAGAGCAACAUCACCUACUAUGACUCCCUCUACCCCGGGGACUACAAGAUGCCAAAGCAGCUAAUUCACAUACAGCCUUUCAGCUUGGACACGGAGCAGCCGGACUAUGAUCUGGAUGCAGACGACGAGGCGUUUAUCAUCAAGCUGAAAAAGAAGAUGGAAAUCGAUUUCUUGCAGUUUGAGGAGAUGAUUGACCGGCUGGAGAAAGGCAGUGGACAGCAGCUGGUGAGUCUUCCUGAGGCCAAGCUGCUGCUGAAGGAGGACGACGAGCUUAUCAAGGAAGUCUUCGACUACUGGAGCCGCAAGAGGAAAAACAGCAAGGCCAACUCCCUGAUCCCCACAGUCAAGCAGGAGAAGCGGGACGGCUCCAGCACCAGUGAUCCCUACGUGGCCUUCAGACGGCGCACAGAGAAGAUGCAAACCAGGAAGAACCGUAAGAAUGAUGAAGCGUCCUAUGAGAAGAUGCUGAAGCUACGCAGGGAUCUGAGCCGCGCUGUCACCAUUCUGGAGAUGAUCAAAAGGCGAGAAAAGAGCAAACGGGAGUUGCUUCACCUCACGCUGGAGAUCUUUGAGAAGCGAAAUGUAAUGUCAGACUUUGGUGGUGAGGUAAUGGCAGAGGUCCUGGCUGAACGGGCGCUGGUGAGACCGCAGAUCAUUCCCAUGGUCCCUCUCACCAACCAGUACCGACACCAGGACCACAUGGACCUCAAAGAUUACAAGUCCAAGCCGGAGAAGAUGGAAGUUCCACGGCAGAAGAGGAAGUACGAGAAAAAGCAGAAGGUGCUGCCUCUGUCAUCAGGCGCCCCGCACCAUCCGGGCCCUGUUGUCUUCAAUGCCAAGGACCUCAACCAGUACGACUUCCCCAGCUCGGACGACGAGCCCUUCUCUCAGCUGCACUCGGGUUCAUCAGAAGCAGAGGAGGAGAACGACCCAGAUGGUGCGUACGCAUUCCGCAGGAAAGCAGGCUGCCAGUACCUCGAUGCCCGUCAGGAUGGUGUGAGUAGCUGGCAGUGGUCCGCUCCCUGGGAGGGCGGGCUGUCAGAAACACGCUUUCGGUACAGUCUCACCACGCUGACGGUUCCACGGCGCUGCCUGGGCAUGGCUCGACGGCGCGUCGGACGAGGUGGCAGGGUCCUACUGGACCGGGCGCACACAGACCAUGACCAUGUUUUCCACGGACUCAAUCCAGAAAUACUGGAGCCGUCUCUUUCCUCCUCUCCUCCUCUUCCUAGUCCUCCUGCUACUACACACUCGCCGGUUUGUCAGUUUGCCAGUACCUCAGAAACAAAUACCUCAGACAGAAGUUCCUCCUUCAACUCUCCUGUCUCCUCUUCCUCUCCCACGGACCUCAGUCAGAUACUGUUAAAUAUAAAGUCAUGCCGAUGGAGGCACUUUAGACCACGGACACUACCACUACAUGAGCUAGAUAAUGCCCACCCACUAUUUAGGAGGUUGAGUCGAGGCCUGAAGCGCCCAGCCUCUGCCUCUGCUGCUGGGGCACAGCCAGGCUCUAAGCGGCCAGGGAGAGCUGUCCCGGCACCCCCUCCCACUGCUGCUUUCACAGCUGAACAGUACCAGCAGCAUCAGGAUGACUUGUCCCUGAUGCAGAAACAGCAGCUGGAGCAGGUCCAGCUGCAGCAACAAACCAACAGCACUGCCAACAGCACACAGAGCCUAGCAAAUAUGUUGGACCAGGCCAGUGCACAGUUCGCUGCCUCGGCCUUUGUCACCGCAGACCAACUGCUGGCUUUGAAAACAAAGGAGGAGCUGGCCCUGGGAGGAGGAGUCAACGGUGUCCUCUCCCCCUCAGGUGUCUACAAGGGCUUGCACCUUUCGAGCACAGUGUCCCCAUCCCCCGCCGCCCCUGCUCCUCCCACUACACCAACACCCAACACCCAACACCCUUCCUCCACCAGCACCACCUCUGCAACCAGUAACAACGGCACCGCUCACCCCGCCUGCACCACUACCACCACCCACACUCAGGUCCUGCUGGGAAACAACAACAGCCUCCGUCUGGGUGUUCCCACCGGCAAGCGCAUCCACAACCCGCGGACGCUGAGCAGCACCAUGUCGACGCCCGCCUUAAAGUUUGCUCACGCACCCAACUGUCAGAAACCCAAGGUCACAGCGGCUGCGGCCUCGCCGCUCGACAUUGUGCCCAGGGAGAAUCACGAACAAGACAAGCCAGCAUUAAACAGUCUGUCAGAGAACACAGUGGCCAUGGAGGUUACGUAGCCUCCUGCGACGCGGGGCAAAUGUGACGGACCUUUUUGGGGGGGGGGGGGGGUUUGCUUUUUAGGUGCUAUGCAUCGUUCAGUAGUCGUGAAUGUGGUGGCGGAACGAGGACGGCAGGGCUGGGUUUCCAUGGCAACUGUUUUGGGACUUAAUUGCAAUGCUCGUCUCAUACAAUUUUUCUUUUCCCCCAUUUCCCUAUUUGUUACUGUUAAUAAGAGAUCGUCUGUAAAUUCUUAAUAUGACAAUUAUAUGUACAGUACUGCAUAUUUGUAAUGGCCCUUCCCCACAUCCCUGUUCUUGUAUAUAACAUUACUUGAAUACAGAAUUGUUCAUUUGUGAUGUUUUGCACUCAAGAUAUAAAAAAUCAAAUUAAAAAGACAAACUGCAACUGGUGCGAGUAUGAGGUGUGAAAGGUGUAUCAGACAGUGUCAUCACGCAUGGUGCAAACCUGCUGUUUGUUCUAUUUAUUGUGCCGUGUUUACAAGGGUUUUUUUUCCCGCACAUUCAUUUUUCAAAUUAGUUUGCACUGUACCUGUCCCGGACCUCCCGCGCUGCAAGUCGGCCUUCGGUUGGUUUUGUUUCCUGUGGAUGUUGUGAACGUGGCCGGGAGCUCAGUCGGGUUCUUCCAUGAUGUUCCAUGUGUCGGGUUAAGUCCAUGUGUGCAUUCGUAGAAAUCAAGGCCGAGCAGGAGAUGGAACGUGUGAAUCUGUUCUAGGCAUCAGUUUUAGUUUCCACCGAGCUCUUCCACACCUGUACAAUUCCUGAGACAAGUAACAAAACAAUGGGGAUAAAGACUUUGAUGCUUCUGACUCAUGUGAGCACUAAGUUGAUCUUUCUGGUAUUCGAUGCUGCUUCUGUCAGGUUUGCACCAGUUGGUCCUUUUUUUUUUUUUUUUUUAGGCGAUGUCCCGCCCCCAAUUUUUUAUCAACAUUUUAUACUUUUCCUCACAAAAAGCUUCAUUAUUUUGUUACUUGUUGAUUUAAAAAAAUGAACAAAGGAGUAAAAAAUGCAGUAACUGACAUUUACUAUCAUUCCAGCUUCUGUGUAAGGAUGAAAACAUGUAUUCAUGAAAAAAGGCAGUUUGUACUUUUAGAAACUCCAGAAGGCUGAAAGGCCACGAACUACAAGUUAUCGGGUGCCUUCAUUUGGGAUAAGAAGAAAAAACCUAAAAACUCGCUCUCUUCUGUGAAGAGUUUGGUACUGAACAAGGCUACUUGUAGUUUUCUCUUUGUCUGUACCACAGUCCCAGUGCCCAUUCCAGUGGCCCAGUUGAUUCAUGACUUUUGUUUUUGUAGAAUCUCCCACAACGUAAAGACUAAGAAUCCUCUUGAAUUGUCACAAAAUGAAAUAAAAAAAUCCAGGGCAUUGUGUUUUUUCAA